AAUCACUACCAACGGGUAAAAUCAUGAAACUUGAGAUUUUGAUAACAGGAUAAAUCAUUCGUUUUGCUGAAAAUUUGUCGUGUGCAUUGUUUUAGUGGAAUUAAGUUUAUUUGAACACACAAAUUACUCGGUUAUGUGACUUAGUGCAUCAAAUUGGUUGUUGUACAUAGAUUUAUCUUACUGUAUUUAAUUAGAUCUAACUUAUUAUCUCCAUAUUAUUUUGUAUUUAUUGGGGGAAAUGGAAGAAUAUGACAAACUUGUUUUAGUUGGAAGAGGUGCAUUUGGAACUGUAUAUUUAUGUCGAAAAGGUUCUGGAGAGAGGGUAAUUUUAAAACAGAUAGUGAUUGAACACCUAAAUGAAAAAGAAUUAAAGGAUACAGUUCAGGAGGUGAAGGUGAUGUCGCUACUGAAACAUCCUCACAUUAUAAGAUACCAGGACAGUUUCAUCAGUCAGGGGGCUCUAGUUAUUGUCAUGGAGUAUGCCACCAAAGGUACUCUGUAUGAAUAUCUCCAAAUCCAGUCAGAGCUGCUCCCCCAAGAGAAAGUAUUGAGUUUCUUCGCCCAGCUGUGCCUAGCUCUACAGUACAUCCACAGCAAGAAGAUCCUUCACAGAGACAUUACUACAAGGAACAUCUUGCUCACUGGUAGUCAGGGACAAAUCAUCAAACUUACCGACUUUGGAAUCUCAAAAAUGUUGACCAGCCGCAGCAAGACGUCGAGUGUGGUAGGAACGCCUUGCUACUUGUCACCCGAGCUGUGUCAAGGAAAGGCGUACGGAACACACAGUGAUGUUUGGGCUCUAGGCUGCGUCUUGUACAACAUGUGCACACUCAGGCAGCCUUUUCAAGCCCAGACCCUGGCAGCAGUAGUGAUGGAGAUAAUGCACGGUGCCAUUGAGCCAAUAAGCCCUCUAUACGACAGCGGCAUCAUGGAGAUUUUGGGACUUAUGCUGGACCGAGACCCCCUCAACCGACCGAGCGUUGACGACGUCCUCUCCCAUCGCCUGGUUGCUCCGGUAGCUCUGACGAUCAUCACUUCACUUGGCAGUUUGGCUAAGAGAACUAACCAAACCUAACUGAUACUGGAAAUCACAUCAACUUUGUUCACAAUGAUGAUUUUGUCCAGUUUUUUAACACUUAAUCUGUAAUGAGAGUAUUUCAAGGAUAUUUAAAAAUGUAUAGAUAAAUUUAUUUAAAUAUACUGUUCGUUCAGAUAUUUUUAAAAAUAUAUUUUUUAUGUAUGCUGUAGAAUUUAAAACUAUUAGGGAAAUUGCAUCAAUUUAUAAUUUCAUAUUGUACCCAUGUGAAUAGUCAAUUUGUCCUGAUAUGUAUCUUUACUUUUAUUUAUUGAUUAAAACAAUUUAAAAUUGUCAGUUAACAAACACUAAGCGUAAUUUUGUAUGUGGUUUGUAAAUACUAUU